CCUCCCAUCAUCAGAAGCCCAUGGAGCGCGCGCCAGGGGCCGGCCGACAUCGACAACUUUUGGUGCAGCAUUACUUGCCGUGCCGAGACAAGUCUCGUGGGACUGCAAUCGAUAAACAUAGCUGCUAUCCAAGACGUCCAUCGUCACUUCUGCUGUUCUAGGCCUCCUCGGAAAACCACCUGUCCACCGUGGGAAACGCUACUUGCCACGCCCGCUACAGCUCGGCACACGACCACUACUCGAGCGCCGUCGUUGUUCGACGAGAUAUGCCAUCGUCAUAAGCGUCGCUGCCCUCCAUCGCCAACAUGGUCGUCGCCAUGGCGUUUCCCCGUCGCCUCUUGCGGAUCCUCGGCCCUAUUGCUGUUGUCCUCCUAGCCACCGUCAUAGUCAGUCAGCUUAUCGCCAACAAGGGUCUGGCCUCGCCGUGGUCAGCCUCAUCACGGCAGUCCAACGCCAACUAUGAGCGUGUGCCGCCAAAGUACGAUCCCAAGCGCAUGCACCUGCUCAUCCCUGCCACGAGCACAAACCACCACCUAUGCCAGCUGCUCACCACGGCGGCUCUCAUGGGCUAUCCGGCGCCCGUCCUUAUCAACUAUGGCGCGCCCGAGGACAAGGAUGACUACAAGCAGCACUUGACAAAGGUGGCUGGCGUGCUCGACUACUUGCACUCGCUCCCGGAGUCCGAGGACGACGAGCUCGUCUUUAUGAUUGACGGUUUCGAUGCCUGGUUCCAGCUCCCAGGCAAUGUCAUGCUCAAGCGUUAUUACGACACGGUCGAGGCCGGUCACCGUCAGAACGUCGCCUCCUAUGGCCAGGAUGUCGUGGACGAGAAUGGCAUCCGCGACACCGUCAUCUUUGGUUCUGACAAGGUCUGCUGGCCUGGUGGCUGGGAGCGCCCUGCCUGCUGGGCGGUGCCCGAGUCUCGUCUGUCGUCAAAAUCAUUUGGUCCAUAUACAGACCAAGGUGCCCUUGAGCACACUCGACCACGCUGGCUCAACUCUGGCACCAUCAUGGGGCCCGUCCGCGAGGUCCGCGACGUGUUUGAGGCUGCUCAGAGGAAGAUUGAGGAGAACCAUGUGACGGAUUCAGAUCAGUACUACUUUGGCAUCGUGCAGGGCGAGCAAUCAUACAAGCGCCGGAUACUCAAGAUGGAGGCCGAUCAAGCCAAGGGCUACGAUAUCUCGGAGAUGGAGCUGUUCCUGCGGCCGAAACGGCCGGAGAAGGACAUCCCCAAGCCGCCCAAGGGGGCGCGAACAGAGUACUACAUCGGUAUCGACUACGAGUCCAACUUGUGGCAAACGAUUGCCUAUUAUGAUGAGUACCUCACCUGGGUGCGGCACAACAUCUCGGAGCAGUAUAUGCCGGGCGUGAUGGGAUGGGACUACCAGUACCCCAACUACAUCCUGCCGGACGAUCUCGUGAGCUUCUCACGCUCCCCGCUGUCUGCGAGCGCGCGACCGAACGACGCGAGGAACGUCAACGACGACAUGCCCGAGGAGUUAUUCUCUUGGUCGACUGUGCCGCUCGUCGUCAAUACGGCGUCCAUGACGAUCCCGCCUGUCGUCCACUUCACAGGAAAGAAGGCUUACCGCGAGAUCUGGUGGGGCCGUAGCUGGUUUUACCCACACCAGAAGAGCAUGCUCGAGGCCCUGCGACGCCGGGGGCCCGUCAAGACCGGCCCGCACCGCGACGCGGCGGCUGGCGCGUGGACGCUCCUCGACAAAGAGCUCGGUUGGGUGGACUGGGAGGACGGGCUGUGCCAGCCGUUUGAGCGCAAGCUGCAGGGCUUGGAAGAGCUGGACCCUUCUGAGCUCGGGUUCGGCAACAACUGGGGUUGAUGCAGCUGGAUGAGAGAUAUCAGUUGAUUAUUGAUGGAGACUGAUUUGGUCUUGUGAUAGCAUCCGUGGCAUUGGGCAUUUACGCGGCAGGAAAAGCCGCUGUUUCUGGAGUAUUGCACGAUUUUCAAUAUCAUAGAAUAUCUGGAAGACAGAUGAGGCAGGAAUCAUUGGGCGAACUUGCAUUGCGCUCCUCUG